AUGAACCAGGCAUUCGAACGCCAAUUACCAAUCCACAUCCAUACCAUGGAGCCUCGAUAUAAGCCUCUUCCGAUGCACGAACGGACAACAGACCAGGCCCUUACUUCGCGCCCAAAGUUGUUCCGCAGCUUUUGGAUCAUACCCCUUACGGUAGUCACGCUUUUCAACAUUGCCAUCUUGUUCGUCUCAUUAUACGUAUUACGCGCUGCAGGUCGGCUUGACAGCUCUGCUUCUACUCAUAACAAUAUCAAUUCACUUGCGACAAGCCUGCCCAUCGCUACAACAAAUGCGAAUGUUGCCGACAACGUGGCCAAAGUGGAACCUUUGCCUGUCGACUAUGUUGCCUUUCACUGGGACACGCCAUGGGGAAGUCGCAACGUCACGGAAGCGGAUCAAUUGUGGGAGAAAAUGAACACAGCGCACGGCCAUAUUGCGAUCGAUCAUGCCUGGGCGGCCGUAAACCAAGUAAGCAUCUUUUCAAGGAUACCGUUUCAUUCGAAUAACGCAAAGCCAUCUAGUGGCCACCCUCAAUGGACGUCCCCGGCAAACCGGGAAAGGGUCUGUACCUCCUGCAGGCCUAUCAUCAACUUCACUGUCUUGUACGUGCAUGCCUAUGCGAUCCCAUCAACAUGGGACAUAUUCCAACUGGGCGUAGUUGACAUCUCUUGCCAGCGUGUGAUCCGCUCCGUUUUUCUCUCCAUGUACCGUCAAACUCUUCCCGAUUAUCCCAUCCAUCAUGCUCAUCACUGCUUCGAUGCAAUCCGCCAGCACAUCAUGUGCAAUGCUGACAACACACCGUUGUAUGGCCACGGUGACGGCACAUCUGGAGAUGGCCAGAUGCAUCAGUGUAAGAGCUGGACUGCACUACGGAAUUAUGCGACACGAAAUUCAGCAUGCUUCCGAGAUGGUAAGCCAGGUAUGACUCUAGAGGAUCGAUUUGGGGUAUGUGACGAUGGGACUGAUGGGCUCGAAGAAGAGAUUUUCGCUCGUGAAGAUUGA